AUGGAUCCCAAAUCUCAACAGACUAAGCCUGAACUCAUGAAGGAUGGCAAGCCGGACCUCGAGGCCUACCAAAGAUAUUGGGCUCAGCUUUUGGAAAACAUGGAUAACGCUCUUGCAGCUGAGAGGCUUCGAAUAAUGGAGGAAGACAAACGUCUGGAAGAGCUUGAACAAGAACAAGAAAAAUCCAAGAAACGAUGA